ACCAAACAAUCAAAAUGGAAACACUUGCGCGGAAGCGGCUUGAUCAUUUCCAAAUCGUUGCGUCUUUUCCAUAAAAUAUACUUUUUCAUCGUAUUUUUUACUUGAAACGCACCAGUAAGCUAAAUCCGCGAGAGUUAACGUUUUCAAAUGGUUAUGCACUUCGGUGAAAAUUGAGAGAACUGCUGAGUUCCAGUGACGAAAUACAACUGGAGUUGUUUCGGUUCUACCGCAACGUCCAAAGCUGUCAUAAUUUUUGGACAAUAACACAUCCUCUUAUAUUCAUUUUCGUUGUUUGAAAAAAUAAAAUAAAAACAGAAUGCACCGGAGAGGCGUCGGUGCGGGCGCCAUCGCCAAAAAGAAGCUCGCAGAGGCCAAAUAUAGAGAGAGGGGAACUGUUCUCGCAGAGGAUCAGAUAGUUCAGAUGUCCAAGCAGCUGGACACGUUCAAGUCGAACCUGGAGGAGUUCGCCAGCAAGCACAAACAGGAAAUCCGUAAGAGCUCCCAGUUCCGCGUCCAGUUUCAGGAGAUGUGCGCCACGAUCGGAGUUGACCCACUUGCCUCUGGCAAAGGUUUUUGGUCAGAGAUGCUCGGCGUGGGCGACUUCUACUACGAGCUCGGCGUGCAGAUUAUUGAGGUUUGCUUGGCCCUUAAGCACAGAAACGGAGGACUCAUCACUCUGGAUGAACUCCAUCGCAGAGUGCUUAAGGGACGUGGCAAAUACGCGCAGGAUGUCAGCCAGGAUGACUUGGUGCGAGCCAUCAAGAAACUCAAAGUCAUGGGCAACGGUUUUGGGAUGAUUCCGGUGGGCGGCUCCUACUUGGUGCAGUCCGUCCCGGCGGAGCUCAACAUGGACCACACCGUUGUCCUGCAGCUGGCCGAGAAGAAGGGCUACGUGACGGUGAGUGAGAUAAAGAACAGUCUCAAGUGGGAGAAGGAGCGAGCGAGUCACGUCCUGGACCACCUACUGAAGGAGGGCCUGGCCUGGCUGGACUCGCAAGCGUCGAGCGAGCCGCAGUACUGGCUACCCGCCCUCUUCUCCGAGCUCGCCUCCCGUGACGUCACACCCGAGGAGGCCAAUCAGAUGAGCCCGUGACCGAAACGCCUUCGCUCACAUCGUGCCGUCGCCGGCUGGCGUGUUUACAUUUAAGGACAAUUGCGACUGCGCGAAAUAUCUUGGCGCGCUAAGGCAACGUUCCAGACACCCACAAUUGGUGAUAAAAACCUGCAAUGUAAAGAGACCAUGAAUUUUAUGUCAGCAGAAUUUAUUUUCUAUUGUCAAUUAAAAUACAUUAAGACAGG